AUGGCGAUGACCGUCGAAGCUCUCAUGUACGUCCUUGUACCAAUGCCAUGCCUGUUUUUUGGUGGUGGAUCCACACAUUUCUUGACUAGCAGAGAAGGUGGAGGGUGGAUGAAUGCAGCGAAAUUCCUGACUGGUGCGUCCGCCAUGGGAAGCCUCGCUAUUCCAGCAAUUCUGAGGCAUGCUGGCCUAAUCGAGACUGGGGCUAUGUUCAUUGAGUUCACGUCCUUCUUCAUCCUUGUAUGCACAGUGCUGUGCUUCCAUAGGGCUACCCUGGAUGAAGACUGGUAA